AUGGGCUUCUGCUACCUAAUCGUCACCGGCGCUGCUGAGCCAACCUCAUCUUUUCUCGCUCUUGAACCUGGAUGCGACUAGGGGUUGGGAAGGGCAGUGGACGGCGUUGGGGGAGGACUGACGAGAUUUUAAAGAACUCUUUCUUUGAAUUCAUGGUGUUUCAUCCUAUAUACGACUGAGAUACCAAACCUUUUGGAUUGUUGUUAUUGGACCGAAAAAAUGACAUCUAUUAUCAAAUUAACUACCCUUUCUGGGGUCCAGGAAGAGUCUGCUCUUUGCUAUCUUCUCCAAGUCGAUGAGUUUAGAUUUUUAUUGGACUGUGGCUGGGAUGAGCACUUCUCUAUGGAUAUUAUAGAUUCCCUGAGGAAGCAUGUUCACCAGAUUGACGCAGUACUGUUGUCUCACCCCGAUCCCCUCCAUCUUGGCGCCCUUCCGUAUGCUGUCGGAAAGUUGGGUUUGAACUGUGCUAUCUAUGCAACCAUUCCUGUUUAUAAAAUGGGGCAGAUGUUCAUGUAUGAUCUUUAUCAGUCCCGACACAAUACAGAAGAUUUUACGCUCUUUACACUAGAUGAUGUGGAUGCAGCCUUUGAUAAAAUACAGCAGUUAAAAUUCUCUCAGAUUGUGAAUUUGAAAGGUAAAGGACAUGGUUUGUCUAUCACACCUCUGCCAGCUGGUCAUAUGAUAGGUGGAACAAUAUGGAAGAUAGUCAAAGAUGGAGAAGAAGAAAUUGUUUAUGCAGUUGACUUCAACCACAAGAGGGAGAUCCACUUAAAUGGAUGUUCCCUGGAAAUGCUAAGCAGACCCUCUCUACUUAUCACAGAUUCAUUUAAUGCUACGUAUGUGCAGCCCAGGAGAAAACAAAGAGACGAGCAACUUCUGACAAAUGUCCUGGAAACACUAAGAGGUGAUGGAAAUGUGUUGAUAGCAGUGGACACUGCAGGCAGAGUUUUGGAACUUGCUCAACUCCUUGAUCAAAUUUGGAGAACUAAAGAUGCAGGAUUGGGUGUUUACUCAUUGGCGCUCCUAAAUAAUGUCAGUUAUAAUGUGGUGGAAUUUUCUAAGUCCCAGGUAGAAUGGAUGAGUGAUAAAUUGAUGAGAUGUUUUGAAGACAAAAGAAAUAAUCCAUUUCAGUUUCGUCAUCUCUCUCUAUGUCAUGGUCUUUCUGACUUGGCUCGAGUACCUAGCCCUAAAGUGGUACUUGCCAGCCAGCCCGACCUGGAAUGUGGAUUUUCAAGGGAUCUGUUUAUUCAGUGGUGCCAGGACCCUAAAAACUCAAUCAUUCUAACUUACAGAACUACUCCUGGGACUUUAGCACGUUUCCUAAUUGAUAAUCCUUCUGAAAAAAUUACAGAAAUAGAGUUGAGGAAACGUGUGAAACUUGAAGGGAAAGAACUUGAAGAAUACUUGGAAAAAGAGAAACUAAAGAAAGAAGCUGCUAAAAAACUUGAACAGUCAAAAGAGGCAGACAUAGAUUCCAGUGAUGAGAGUGACGUUGAGGAAGAUAUUGACCAGCCAUCAGCUCAUAAGACUAAGCAUGACCUGAUGAUGAAAGGUGAAGGUAGUCGUAAAGGAAGUUUCUUCAAACAGGCUAAAAAGUCUUAUCCUAUGUUUCCUGCCCCAGAAGAAAGAAUUAAAUGGGAUGAAUAUGGAGAAAUUAUCAAACCAGAGGAUUUCUUAGUGCCAGAACUUCAAGCUACUGAAGAAGAAAAAAGCAAAUUAGAGUCUGGCCUGACAAAUGGAGAUGAACCCAUGGAUCAGGAUUUAUCUGAUGUUCCUACUAAGUGUAUUUCUACAACAGAAUCUAUAGAAAUAAAAGCCAGGGUUACUUACAUAGACUAUGAAGGACGCUCUGAUGGGGAUUCCAUUAAAAAAAUCAUCAAUCAGAUGAAACCACGACAGUUGAUCAUUGUCCAUGGACCACCAGAGGCCAGUCAGGAUCUUGCAGAGUGCUGCCGUGGGUUUGGUGGGAAAGAUAUUAAAGUGUACAUGCCAAAGCUACAUGAAACAGUCGAUGCCACUAGUGAAACUCAUAUCUACCAGGUGAGAUUAAAAGAUUCACUUGUCAGCUCCCUUCAGUUUUGUAAGGCAAAAGAUGCUGAAUUAGCUUGGAUAGAUGGUGUCUUAGACAUGAGAGUUUCCAAAGUGGACACAGGAGUUAUUUUAGAAGAAGGAGAACUAAAGGAUGAUGGAGAAGACUCAGAAAUGCAAGUGGACGCUCCAUCAGAUUCUAGCGUUAUAGCACAGCAGAAGGCCAUGAAAAGUCUGUUUGGAGACGAUGAGAAAGAAACAGGUGAAGAAAGUGAGAUCAUUCCUACUUUGGAACCCUUACCACCUCAUGAGGUUCCUGGACAUCAGUCGGUUUUUAUGAAUGAACCAAGACUGUCGGACUUCAAACAAGUUCUUUUAAGGGAGGGGAUCCAAGCUGAGUUCGUAGGAGGUGUACUUGUUUGCAACAAUCAAGUAGCAGUCCGUAGAACGGAAACUGGACGCAUUGGAUUAGAAGGCUGCCUUUGUCAAGAUUUUUAUAGGAUAAGAGACCUUUUAUAUGAACAGUAUGCCAUUGUGUAAAGGACAUGAUGUCAAGAAGUAUCUGUUUGACCUUUCUAAGAAAAAAGGAUUCUUACUCUAAGCUUUUGCUUUUUCGUUUUGUAACAUACAAAAAGAAUCUGCCAGAAAAACUUAACAUGCAUUAGAUUUUAAAGAAUGUAAAUAGAAACCAUAUUGCUAAUGCUCAAAUGAGCAUGCUACCUUUUGGCUUUCAGAGUGAUAGAGAUCCUUACAAGUGUGCAGGCCCUGGAGUUGAAGGUGAUUGGCUUCCUUUAGAGACCGCUUAUUCUAGAAGGGCUUGUUACUUGAAUAAAACAAUGUAACUUAGCAAACCAGUUCAUGGCCUUAGAGAAACAUGUUUGCAUGAAUUCUUGCAAACUGUUUCUUACAUUUUCUGGAGAGAAAAGUGAGAAUUUAUCUUAAAAAGAUGCAAGAUGCUAUAAAAAAAAAACCCCUGAUAAAACAGUUUGUUGAGCCUAUGUAUUUAAAAAAACAAAAAAACAAAGAGUGUGUGCUGUAACUCUUUUGAAUUCCUGUAUGCAGUUUUCUUCACAGGGAGCUUAUCUACUCCAUGCCUACGUUUCCCAGUGAUUCACUCUACUGUGAGAUGGUACACAUUUGGUUCAGAAACCAGUUUUUAUUUCUCCCAUUUCCUGUUGUAUCAAGAUUUUGUUGUUGUUGUUGUUGAGCUUGAAUUAUAACACCAUCAUUUGAAUAUACAUAAUUCAGAAAAACUCCUUGACGUUUUCUAGUCUUAAAGGUCCUUCAUACAUUUUAAACACAUCUUAACUAUCAGCUAGGUUACUGUACUAGAGACUGUUUUGUGCUUUGCUUUUAGGGAAACAAAUGUUGAACCUCACAUUUUUAUAAGGUAGCAGUAUAGUUAAAAGGUGUGAAGGUCUUCAUCUCUUAGGCUUGCUUUCUCCUAGGGUUGCCCAAGCAGUGGUUGGAUUUUAUACACAUUACUACAGAAAUAAUACCAAGUUGGAUAAGGCCAUCCAUUCUAUGUUCAUGUCUUUCUUGGGGCUAGCAGCCCUGAUACAGUAUAAACCACUUGUGUUUAAGAGUAAAAACAGUACAUGCAGUUCUCAUUGAACUUAAAAAAUGAAAGUCAUGUCACCCUAUUGUAAUCUGUGGGUGCUUUUUUAGAAUGUAGCUUAAUCAUGACAGACCUUGAUGUUUAUUUCUUAUUUAAACCCUCCUCUAUACUUAAGCAUUUUUAGAAGGGUCAGAAAUCUUGUUUAACUUAUAUGGAACUGUGUAUAAUACAACCCAGUGAUAUCAGACAAGAAUUAAUAUUUCACUCUAUUUCAAAUGUUUAGAAAGCUUUUAUUGUGAGUUAAAUUGCUAAUGCAAAGUUUACAGCCUUCUGGUACUGAAAACCAGACACACAAAACAAGUUACAGAUGAUGAAGAUAAAGAGUAUGUUUUCUUUGCAGAGCUUUGAAAAAAAAAAAUCACUUAAACUCUUACUACUGAAUAGAGUAAGCCUAGAAUCCUAUUUAUAUUCCAGGGAAAAGAAAGUCUGCAUUUGUUUCAUGGCUUAAAGCAUCUGGUUAUACAUAUUACAUUGCAAUAGUGAUAUUGAAAAAUUGUCUCUUGCCUAGCGUUUUUAUUGUCCUAUGAACAGGAAUUAAAUUUUAAAGUACUGCUUGGAGAUGGCUGUGCUAACUAAUGUCAAUGCAGGAGCAAUAUUUUUACCUGUUUCUAGAUGACAGUAUUACUAAAAUUUCUAAAAUGAAGGCAUUUGUUUAGUCCCAGUUACUUAAGAAAAAUAGAAAUUUUAAAAAGGACUCUGAGAUAAAUCAUGAACUCAGAGGCACUUUCAGAUCGUCAUUGUUCAGAGGCAAAAUAAAUACAAUGGACCAUCAGCUGAUAUCUAUAAUUUGGUUAAAAAGAAAUUUUGUUGUAAUAUUUGUGGCAGUGGGAUUAUAAAUGUCAAGUAUCAUUGCAAACUUUCUAUAUUUUCAUGAACCAGUAGGUGGCCUGAAACAGAAGUGAGAAAAUCAAGUUUCUAAGGAGGGCCUUUGCCUUUUUAAAAAAAUUUGAGAUACGAUUCACAUACUUUUAAAAUUCACUCUUUUAAAGUUACAUUUAUUUUUUUUUUUUAGUAUAUUUACAGUGUUGUGCAACCAUUACCACCAUCUAAUUCCAGAACACUUCAUUGCCCCGAAAAGAAACUCCGUACCCCUUAGCAGUCACUCCCAAUUCUCGCUUCUCCUCAGCCCCAGGCAAGCAUUAAUCUGUCUUCUUCUGUCUCUAUGAAUUUACCUAUUCUGGACAGUUCAUAAAAAUGGAAUCAUACAGUAUGUGGUCUUUUGUGUCUGACUUCUUUCACUUAGCAUAACUUUUAAGAUUCAUCGAUGCUGUAGCAUGUAUCAGUAUUCUUUUUAUGGCUGAAUAAUAUUCCAUAUGGAUAUACUGCAUUUUGUUUAUCCACUCAUCAGUUGAGAGACCUUUGGUUUGUUUCCACUUUUUGGCUAUUAUGAAUAAUGCUGUUAUGAACAUUUGUGUACAGGUUUUUUGUAUGGGCAUAUGUUUUCAAUUUGGGGAGGCAUAUACGUUAAGAGUAGAAUUGCUGGAUCACAUGGUAACUCUGUGUAACCUUUUGGGAAAUUGCCAGACUGUUUUCCAAAGUGACUGCACCAUUUUACAUUCCUGUGUCCUCGGCAACACUGGUUACUCACCAUCUUUUUUAUUUUAGCCAUUUUAGUGUGUGUGAAGAGGUAUCUCAUUGUGGUUUCGAUUUGCAUUUCUCUAAUGACUGAUGAUUUUGAGCUUCUUUUCUGUACUUAUUGGCUGUUUGUAUAUCUUCUUCGGACAAAUGUCUGUUCAGAUCCUUUGCCUAUUUUUAAAUUGGGUCAUUUAUCUUUUCAUUGUUGAGUUAAAGAGUUUUUUUAUACACUCUGGAUACUAAAUCCUUAUCAUAUGUAUGAUGUGCAAAUAUUUUUUCCCAUUCUCUUUGUUUUUUUACUAUCUUGAUAGUGUCCUUUGAAGCACCAAAGUUUUUAAUUUUGAUGAAGUCUAAUUUAUCUGUUUUAUUCUUUGGUCCCUUGUGCUAUUGGUGUCAUAUCUUAGAAACCCAUUGCUUCAUCCCGUGUCACAAAGAUUUAUACCUAUUUUUUUUUCUAAGAGCUUUAUGGUUUAAUAUAGUUCUUACAUUUAAGUCUUUGAUCCAUUUUGAGUUAACUUUUAUGUAUGAUGUGAGGUAGGGGUCUGAUUUCAUUCUUUUGCAUUUAGAUAUCCAGUAGCCCCAGCACCAUUUGUUGAAAAGACUAUUUCCUCAUCAAAUUUUCUUGCCACCUUUGUUGAAAAUCAGUUGCCCAUGAAUAUGACUUUGUUCUUGGAUUCUCAAUUCUAUCUCACGGAUGUAUACAUCUAUCCUUAUGCCAGUAUUGUUUUGGAUACCGUAACUAUGUAUUAAAUUUUGAAAUCGGCAAGUGUACAUCCUCCAACUUUUUUCUCUUUCAAGAUUGUUUAGGCUGUUCUGGUUCCCUGGCAUUUUCAUAUGAAUUUUAGAAUCAGUUUAUCAAUGUCUGUAAAAAGGCCACUCACUUUUAAUAGGAAAAAAAAAAUACUUAAAAUUUAGAGCUUAAAAUCUUAGAAUGUUAUGGCUGAGAGGGACUAUAGAAUUCAUCUAGUUCAAUGCGCUUAUUUUAGUAUUGAAUGAAUGGGCCUGUGGGAGGUCAGGGGUUUGCUUGAGUCAGAUAGCUGGUCAGAGACAGAGUUGGAAUUGGAACCUAGCCUUCAUAGAGUCUGUUCAUUUUAUAUUAAAUGAAUGAAUCUAGAAUCCUUAUAGAAUCCAUUGAUUCAAUACUAAAAUAAGUAUAUUGAACUACAUGACUUCUUCAGUUCCUCUCAGGCAUAACAUUCUGAGAUUUUAGGCUGUAAAUUUCAACUACUUUUUUCCCUGCACUGCUGUGCUGCUUCGCUUUCUUAGUUAUAUUCACUUUGCUUAGGGGGAAUACUUUCAGUUUAUCUGCUCUAAGAACAGCAUCUGGCAGCUGUUACUUAGGACAAUAGCCUGCUGAGAGAGAGAGACUGCUUGCAUUCUGUGUGAUGGCCAGUGAAGGUGGGGAGGGCGGGGAGAGAAAGGGUAAAUGUCACCUUCUGUACUUUUCUUUGGUUUUAAGGUUCUAGAGUUUUAGCACACGGUUAUUGUCCUUUAAAUAUUGAUGAACUCAUUACCACUUAAGUCAAAGGGUGUAAAUAGUGGUUAGUAAUUCAGUGAUUGAGAGGUUGAUUGUUUGCUUGUUUGUUUGUGUGGUGGUUGUUCUCUGCCACCCCUAACCCCUUCUUUAUUCAGCCAUUUGAUAACUACAGAGUGGAUGGCUAAGUGACGACGCAGUGCGAACUGAGAAGGAAUCUUCAGAUCUGCCUACCUGGGCGGGGAUCAAGGAAAGGUUUUUUUCCUUCUUCUUUUGCUUUUCUCUCACUUUAACCACGUGAAUUGUGUUUGUGAGAAAGUACCCAAAAUUGUCACAGUAAAAGCCCAGGACUUUGCUGGAAGUGAGGGUAUCUUUGCUUCUCUCUCCUGUUGGUCCCCGCCUCCUCCCCGCCCCCGCCCCAUUCCCACACAGCUCUAUUUUUUUGGUGCUUUUUCCUUCACUACUCAGCCCAUUUCAUUUUAGUUCUUGAAGUCAAAAUGUGAUUUCGAGGAGCAAAAUAGGAGUUUGGAGAGUUUUAAAUCUCUCCUCAUUGUAGUUGAAGAGAACCGAAAGUGUAUGUGCUUCUUCUGUGAAAUUGUUAAUGGAAUUCCAUGGAUCCUACUCAAACAUUUGAUACUGAGUGAUAAUUUCAAGCAGAGAAUACACAAAGGAUUCAUAAGGACGUACUACAUCGCUUUCUGAAGUUAUUUUAAUGUUCAGUAUCCAAUUUAUUGUGUGUAUUUCCUUUUUCUUCUUGACACUUUUUUUUUUUUUUAAAGGCACCA